AUGGUCGCAAAACAAAGAAUCCGGAUGGCAAACGAGAAGCACAGCAAAAACACCACUCAGAGGGGGAACGUGGCCAAGACACUGCGACCACAAGAGGAGAAAUAUCCUGUAGGGCCAUGGCUCUUGGCACUCUUUGUAUUUGUAGUUUGUGGAUCAGCCAUUUUUCAGAUCAUUCAAAGUAUUCGAAUGGGAAUGUGAGUCCCAGCAUUCUUCACACUCUUUCCUGCAUCUGAAUGACAUUCUUUGGUGAUUGGAUACAAACCAACAGAAGCCCAGAUAGUUAAAAUCCUUCUUGUGGGUCAAGUGUACAAUAGUACAUGACAUUGUCACAUGUGCU